UGAUGCUCUCUAGUGAUGAAGACGAACCGGUGGAUAAAAAAAUGAAGAACUCAGUGGAGGCAAGUGGAAAGUCUCUUAAGAUGGAGAAGAAAACAGUGGCCAGUAAUGGUGGUAGGAAGAAUACUGGAAGGAGUGACACAAACAAUUGGAGUGGCGCCAGAAACACUCGGAGUGGCGCCAGAAACACUCGGAGUGGCGUCAGAAACACUCGGAGUGGCGCCAGAAACACUCGGAGUGGUGUUAGAAAUACUCGGAGUGGGCGUGGCAGGAACAUUCGUAGUGGUGCUGCAACACAACCAGAAAUAAAAACUGAAUCAGCCUCAAGUAAAGAGCAGAAUGAUGUAACUUCUGGCCACAUUUUCACAAAAGAAGAAAGUGAUUCAGAGCCUGAGUACACGGGUCUCUCUGAGUAUGAGCUCAAGAUUCGGCGAAACAUCGAGGAAAGACAGAAGUUUUUGGAGUCCUUAGAGAUAUUCAAGUUGAAAGAGGAAAUUAAUGCACUGAAGCCCCAGCCAGUCAAGAAGCCAUCUUAUAGAGGAAUAGCUAAAAAGGGGAAGACUCAUGCUGAGCCUGUUGAAAUACGCCGAAGUCUGAGGCAACGGAACCUAACACCAGAUGGACUGCAUCUGCCGCUGCCUUCAGAGAUGGAAGUGGCAAGAGUUGCUUCAGCUACUGAGUGGUGGUCCAGACCCUCACCUGGUCCAGCGCCUCUGACAGACUAUUACAGCUCCCAAAACAAAGAGAAUUUUGAACUAUUUAAGAAAGACUUUGAGACAUUGUCAUCCCCUGCAGGAGGAAAGGGUGUUUGGUCUGGCAGCAUGACAAGUGUGUUACAGACGAUGAAAAAAAUGGAAAUCAAUGAGGCUCGUGUGGCUAAGGUCAUGCCCAGCCGGACUUUUUCUGUGCAAAUCCACCCAACUGUGGACAAAACUUUGCUGCUGGUUGGUGGUAAAUGGGGUGAAUUAGGAAUCUGGGAUGUUGAACGUAAGGACGAGACUUGUGGCGCAUACUACUUGAGUCCUCACUCCCGCCCCAUUAACUGCCUCACUGUUGACCCUUGGAACCACAGGCAUCUGUACACAACAAGUUAUGACGGCUCACUCAGAAGAACAGACUUAGAAGCUGGUGUUGUCCAGGAGGUGUACAAGUAUGUUGAGGAAUCGUUGUACAAUAUGUAUAUAAAUUACCAUGCACACGUGGACAUGAACAACAUACUCGUUGGAGCAAGUCACGGUGAAGUCAUCCAUGUUGACUUGCGAGCUGCGGAGAAGAAGCCCGUGGAGUACCUGGUUCACAACAAGACGAGUGUCAAGUUGGUGACGGUUCACCCAACUCAGAACCACUAUUUUGCCACGGCCUCACGAGAUGGAAGUGUUUGCCUGUGGGAUGUUCGUCACCACAUAAAAAAUAUCCCAAUUGCCACAUGUGCUCAUGGAAGGAGUAUCACUGGUCUACAAUUUUCUCCAUUAACAGGAAAGUCCUUGAUAUCAACCUGCAUGGACAACAAUUUACGAUUCAUAGCCUGUGAUCUGACGGACCUGAGAGUUGAACGAAAAAUCCCACACAACAACCAGACUGGGAGAUGGCUGACCACCUUUAAGGCUCAUUAUGUUCCCUGCCGUGAAGACUUGAUAGUCGUGGGUUCACUUCUGCAACAACGAAGAGUGGAAAUCUGGGGGUGUGAUGGACAACUGAAACACAAUUUUAUGGGAGAACACUUUGCAUCAGUUGCAAGUGUCACCGCUCUUCACCCCACCUUACCAGUCUUGGCCGGAUGUAACUCUUCAGGCAGGGUUCAUGUCUUCAAGUAGUGUUAGUCUACCUCAUCUGGAUGACAAUGUGCCAGAGUUGCUAGUAUUUGUUUGAAGGAUUUACAGUGUUAUUUAUGGCACAGGUGAAUUACUGUGAAUAUUCACUUAGCUCACAGCAUUACUAAGAUAAGUCAGGGUUUUGCUGAAUCUCUGGGCAAUAGACUGAUAGAUGAAGUCUGUAACAUUUUUGUUUGUGCAUAUUACUCUUAUGUUUUUAUUCACUCUAAUCCAGGGUAAAUUAUUUACUUGUAAUCAUAAACAACUUCAUUUAAAAAAAAUAUAUUUACCGGUCCAAAAGAAGUUGACCUGCAUUUGAAAUUUUAAAGAGAAACACAGGAGAAAUAAUAAGUAGUAUCAUAAACUUUACUACAGUAUGUCCUUUGGUUCUCACAUUUUCUCUUUUCAGAUUAUUAUUCAAGAUCAUAAUUUUUAAUUUUGCUGCACUUUACAAUGUCUGAAGUGAAUAAAAAAAAAUAGGGUAGAUUAAUAAGGCAUUUCUCACUGGUCUUUUUUCUUAUUUGAUAAUUUUAUAUUUUUUUUACUUCUAAGUUAUAUUAAGAGUAUUUAGAUUUUUUUUUCUCAAACAAUCAUAGGUAAGUGUUAAACACAAUGGCUUAAGUGAGAUGCUAGGUGGGUUGGCUCGCUCGAGAGGAAGAUCCAAGCGUAAGGAGCGACUCGGGUCAGACUCGUUUAAGCAGGGUCGCAUACACAUACUCUGAAAUCCUACUGUCCUAAAAAAAUUUAUCAUAAUACAGUAAUUAACUUAGUGCUGUAUGAUAAUUGUGUAGUAUAUAUUUUAUAAAUACCUCUAGUACAAUUAUAUUUUAUGAAACAAAUAAUGUUAUUCUUUUUAACAACUACUGCACCAAUCUGUCUGUAACCUUUUGUAACUGGUAUGUUGGGCUAAUGUACUUGUAGGUGUAUCUCAACCUGAGUGGGUCAAAUUUGUCUGGGUUACUGUUUGCUAAAUUAUAUAAGUGGUCAGAAAUAAACAUUGUGUGAAACAGAAAGAAAAAGGUUAGAUAUUCUCAGUGUUGUAGUCAAGAAAAACUACCAUAACUGUUUCAGUCCUUGUUUCCAUGAAGAAGAAAACACUUCGUCACUUUGGCAACAAUAGUCACGGUCUUCUGGGUAAAGUAAUCCAACUUAAUUUUGUUUGAGACAUGGAGACAUGUGAUGGAGAUGUAUAAUACUGUACUGGGGAUAUUAUUCUCUUAAAGUAUAAUACUGUACUGGGGAUAUUAUUCUCUUAAAGUAUAUUACUGUACUGAGGAUAUUAUUCUCUUAAAGUAUAAUACUGUACUGGGGGAUAUUAUUCUCUUAAAGUAUAAUACUCUACUGGGGAUACUAUUCUCUUAAAGUAUAAUACUGUACUGGAGAUAUUAUUCUCUUAAAGUAUAUUACUGUACUGAGGAUAUUAUUCUCUUAAAGUAUAAUACUGUACUGGUAACACUGCCAACAUUACCUCCAGUUUUACACAAGGUAGUUCAGUAUAUCCCUGUGUUGUCGGGUUUAAGUGGAACAUUGAAUAAAGUGCAGUUGCUGUUACUGUGCUUCAUCCCGAGUGUCUGGUGAGGACCACAAGUGUAUUUUACAAAGUUUUAGGGAUAAUGGUGACUCAAAUGACAUAUGGUGUGACUUAUAAUGUGUGUAUGUGUAUGGUGUCUUAUAAUGUGUGAAUGGUGUGUCUUAUAAUGUAUGUAUGGUGUGUCUUAUAAUG